AUGGAUGAGGAGGCAUCUCGGACUGCAAGAGAGUCGCUAGAGCUUGUGUUUUGCAUGUCGAACAUCUUGGACACGGGACUAGACCGGCAUACUUUGUCAGUUCUCAUAGCUCUUUGUGAUCUUGGUGUUAACCCAGAGGCUCUGGCUGCUGUUGUGAAGGAGCUUAGGCGUGAGUCGAUGCCUGAGCUUGCCACAACAACGCCAUCAUAA